UCUUCUUCUCACAUUUCUUUCUUACUUUUUCUUUCUCUCUAUCCAAACAUACUAAAGAAAAAAAGGUUAAGAAACAGAAUGUCCAGGGAUUUCAUGCCACGCUUGGCCAUGGUGCUGGUGCAGGUUGUGGUGCAGGCAUGCUACGCUGUAAUGAACAUCACCUCCAAACUGGCCAUGGAAUCCGGCAUGAAACCUCUUGUUCUCGUUGCUUACUGUCAAAUCUUUUCCGUGAUUCUUAUCGUCCCCUUUGCUUUUUUCAUGGAGUGGAAGACCCGACCGAGGAUCACAAUGUCAAUACUUUUCCAGUUGUUCUUGUGUUCAAUUACAACGGUUACUGCAAACCAGGUGUUUUACGUUCUUGGACUCGAGUAUUCAACCGCAACAAUUACCUGUGCAUUGUACGAUCUCCUCCCUGCAGUCACAUUUGUCAUAGAAGUUCUUCGCAGGUUAGAAAAUGUGGAAAUAAGAACUGCAGCAGGGAAGGCAAAGGUGAUAGGAACCACUGCCUGUGUUGUUGGAUCCAUAUUGUUGUCUUCUUACCAUGGACACACCAUGGACAUAUUAGAAUCCAGCAUUCAUUGGGAAUAUGCCGAGAAAAUAACUAAUUCAAGUUCCAACAACGAGACAAACUUCCUCGGUCUGUUUCUAAUCAUGCUCAGCUGUGUUGCUUGGGCUGUUGGGUUCAUACUACAGGAACAACUAGGGAAUGAGUUUAAAGCGCCUUACACAACAAAUGCAGUAAUGUGUUUCAUGGCGAGCAUUGAGUGCACUGUCAUUGGUUUCAUUUCUGAACAUAGAAUUUCUGCCUGGUCAUUGAGCCCCAGUGUCAGACUUUUUGCAUCUUUAUACGAGGGAAUCGUGUGUAACGGGCUGGCAUUUUGCCUAGUGACAUGGAGCAUAGAAAAGAAAGGACCUUUCUACGUCUCGAUGUUCAGUCCUCUGUCGUUGGUGAUCGUGGCAAUCCUAAGUUCGGCACUGCUACAUGAAAAAUUAUUCAUUGGAACUCUUUCAGGGUCUGUUCUGAUCGUUGCUGGACUCUACGCUGUCCUGUGGGGAAAAGGUAGAGAGACUGAACGUGAAAUCCAGGGAUGAUGAAAUGGAAACAAAGCAAGGUAAUCAGGAGGAUGACUUAGAACUCUAGGUUGGGAAGAUUAAUGAUCAUCCUACCAAGAUCGAAGAAAAGCUCGAUAGUUACUCCAUUAAUUUUAAGAUAGUCACCCUUCAAUCAACUUCAAUAACAUCU